AUGAGGACAACGCACAGAGAUUCUCUGGAAAUACAAAUCGACGUACCAGAGUAACCAACAUGUUCAUUGAGAAAAUCAGAGCACGCUACAUCCGCAUCACACCAACUGGGUAUCAUCGGCAUCCUGGGAUGCGUAUUGAACUCCUUGGAUGUAAUGAACGCUUCUUUUGUUUGGAUCGUCUCGGAAUGGGAGAUGGCAGCAUUCCAGACUACAGAAUCACAGCAUCAAGUCCACAGCAGAGGGAAGAUGGUAACUGUCAACCAAGCAAUGUACGACUCACUCAAUCAGCAAACAGUCAGACUAUUGGCUGGUGCCCUGAUCCUAAUGACAUCAACCCAUGGUUACAGAUUGAUCUCGAAAGUAAUGUCAUAGUAGAGGGAAUUAUGAUGUUGCAGGGAUCUGAUCAGGUAAUCAAUGAAGAUGUGAGUCAUGGGUACCGGCUGGAGUACAGUGAUGACCAGAGCACUUGGCAUACUAUGGGUUCAGCACAGAUUAUCCGAAGAAACACCGCAGCAGACUCGGUAGCUACCAGCAUGUUCAAUCCACCAAUCACUGCUCGUUAUAUCCGCAUAUCACAAAACCAGACUGAUGGCUCUCUGUGGAUACGUGUUGAACUACUAGGGUGCAAAGUACGCUGGGUAUGUAGACAACGCCUUCUUAAUAAAGCCCAUAUCAUUUCCGACGAAUCACCACGGCUUCAGAUUGACCUGCUGUUAGUAACACUAGUUGAGGGAGUCAUAGCACAAGGGAAAAAUGAAACGUCAUUUCAAGUGGAAUACAGUCUCGACAACGUUACCUGGGUCAACGUAAGCCACCAGGGAGAACCUCAGACAUUCAUUGGCAGCACAGAACAAUCACCGGUUACAAACAUAUUGUUUGAGCAGCCAAUCAGAGCACACUUCAUCCGCAUCACACAAAUCGAAAACGGUGGAUAUCCAGCUGUAAGCAUUGAACUCAUUGGAUGCAGAAAUAAUAUUCUUGAGACUGCCAACAAUCAAGCCUUCAGCUUUCACCAUCACACAGAUAUUAACCAAGGCUCAACAAACUGCCCAGGUCUGAAUAGUGAAGGAGGAUGGUGGUUUAAUAGAUGCUCUGGUAUACCUGGCGUAGAUAAUAACCUUAAUGCUGAAUAUAUCCAACCUGGUGAUACUAUGGGUCCAUACAAACGAGUCAUUACACAGUGGUUUAAGACCCAGACAUCAGAUAGCUGCUGA